AUGCCCGUCACUCUCCAUACCGACCCUCACUUCCCCUGUCCUCAGCGGCUGCAACUCGUCAUUGAGCAUCUGAACCUUCCUCUACAGGAAACGUUUCAAUACAACAUCCUCAAAGGCGAACAAAAGACGGAACGUCUACUUAAGAUAAACCCUGCGGGAAGUGUACCGUUUAUCGAAGACGAAUUGGAUGCACAACCCUUCUUCCUUGCUGAAUCGCGAGCCAUUGCUCGCUAUUUGGUUGCUCGGUAUGGAAAGGAUAGUGGCUUGAUGCCUGAUCCCAGCAACUUGGGAGAAUAUGCCAAGUUUGAGCAGGCGGCCGCCGUCGAGGUAGCCGGCUUUGAUCCUGCUGCGAAUCCACUCGUUCUCGAGGAGCACUUUAAGCCAAACUUGUUUGAGCGAGAUCCCGAUCUACACUUAGCACAGUGGCUUCGAAAGCGACUAGAUCCGGUUCUAAGCAACCUAAACAACACCCUUAAAACUCAACCUUUUAUGGCGGGAGAGAAACUUACACUGGUGGACUUCUUUUACGUGCCGUAUACACACUAUCUGGUCGAAAUUGUGUGGCCUUCCUGCUUCGAGGAACGACCUCAUCUUGCCGCUUGGUGGGCUUCAAUGACGAAACUUGCUGCGUACAAAUCUGUAUAUGGUAGCAAGGAAUGA